AUGGGAGCAGAUCUGGGCCAAUGUACCUCAAUCCUAGAUGUAAAGAGAACUGCUGCCACCUCUGACAGGACAAAAGAAAACCUGUGUGAGCUGGAAAUAGAAGGAAAUAUUAAAGGAGAUGUCCUGAUUGACCUCAGCUCCUCUUCCCUGGUUCAUCAUUUGUUUUCAGCCUGUGAGUUUUUCAAACACACCAUAGUCCUGAAGGUCACUGACAGAUGUAUUCUGGAGCUGAAGAGAUGGCUGGACACACGGACAGGAGCAUUCGAUUGGGGACAUGCUACAAAACUUCAUUUAGAGAAAGAAAAUAACAGUGACCAGUUACAGGACAAAGAAGAAAAAGUGAGAUCGGCCGUUCAACAUGUUAUGAAAUGUGACCUUGAAAAAGAAAAUAUGACGGAUCCGAUAGUCUUACCGCCAGCAGAUUGCAUCAUCAUUGUUCGGCUCCUAGAAGAUAUCAGCAAAGACCAAGAUGAUUACAGGAGAUAUCUCAGGAAGUUCUCAGGGAUGCUGAAAUCCGGAGGACACCUUAUAUUACUUGGGCUUUUAGAUAUGACAUAUUACACAGUCGGGAAAGACAAGUUCCAUGCUCUCACAUAUGAUGAGGAUUUUGCCAGGAAAGCUCUAGUUGGAGAAGGAUUUGUUAUAGAUAACUGUGUGGUUAAGAAGAGAACAAAUGUGAGUGACCUUAUUGACUAUAAGGCCAUCAUGUUUAUUGUAGCUCAUAAGGAGAAGUAGAAAUUGAAAACAAACAAAUUAGCUUCACUCCUUUAAAAAUUACUUUAAAAAUAUGAUCAUAAAAUGUGUUUUUCAUGCAUAUUGUGCUCUAUGAAAGUCAAUGGAAAAGGAGAUAUCUGUGCACACACUGUCAUAAUUGUUGUUUAGAUUGUAUUUAAAGGGGUACUCCGGUGCUUACACAUCUUAUCCCCUAUCAAAAGGAUAGGGGAUAAGAUGCCUGAUCGCGGGAGUCCCGCAGCUGGGGACGCCCGUGAUCAUGCACGUGGCACCCCGUAUGUAAUCACUCCCCGGAGCGUGUUCGCUCCGGGUCUGAUUACGCUUGACCGUAGGGCCGGCGGCGUGUGACAUCACGCCUCUGACCCCGUGUGAUGUCACGCUCCGCCCCUCAAUGCAAGCCUAUGGGAGGGGGCGUGAAUGCAUUAUUAACAAAGCUCUAAUAUUUAAAUAAUAUGGCUCCAUAUUUACUGCUCCUUAUACUUCUGAAUAUACACGGCUUACACAUAAUGAUAGGCAGACAUGUACUAAAAAGCACAAUAGGCUUUGCUAUGAUUGAAUAUGAAUUUUACUACAAAUUUCUUGUUAAACAAUCUGUCUUCUUCUUGGACAUCAUGGAAUAUUACGAAGCUUCUGAUUAUUUGCAUUAUAUCAACAGUGUAAUAAAGGUAAUACUGGGCUGUCUGCGCUUUUCUUGAGGGGGAUUUGUUUUUUUGUCUGCUCCUUAUA